AUGUCCUCGUCAACAAUAGUCCUCAUCACAGGUGCUAACUCGGGCAUCGGAUACGCCACGGCGAAAUUAAUUUCCUCGGAGCCUGAUUACCAUGUUAUAAUGGCUUGUCGUGACACAAUCAAAGGACAAGAAGCCCUCGCCGAAAUCGAGGCAAGCAACCCCAAAGGCACUCUCUCUAUGCUUCAACUCGAUGUGACCAAUGCCGAGUCGAUAAAUGCUGGUGUGAGCGAGAUUCAAAAGGAAUUUGGCAGGGUUGACGUGUUCAUUUCAAACGCCGGAAUUUCAGCGCCUGAAGAUACUGGCAGUGAGAAAUUACGCAAAAUAUUCGCGACAAAUGUCACUGGAGCCUUCACUGCAUCUGAGGGUUUUGUUGGAUUGUUGUUAAAGUCUGAGCGCCCAUAUCUUAUACAGAUCUCUAGUGGCCUAGGCUCAAUGGGGCUAGCAACCGACCAGGAGUCCAUUUGGUAUAAAUGGGCCUCGGAUGAGUAUCGAAUGAGCAAGGCUGCGUUAAACAUGGCUACUAUCCAACAACACAAGCGUCUGGAAAGUCAAAAUGUUCGCGUUUUCGCCUACUGCCCCGGUUUGGUACGAUCGAACCUACGCGGAAAGUCUGAGCAGGCCAGAACUGCUGGAGGAAUGGCUGGAGACCCGAUCGAUUCGGCAAGGGGACUUUUUGAUAUUAUCCAAGGAAGGAGGGAUGCUGAUGUUGGAAGAUUCGUUUAUGCCACCGGAAUAUGGCCAUGGUAG